UGGUGCCAGGAGAAAGAUCUACGGAGGAGCUAAAGAGGCAUCAACAAUCACUUAAGAGAGCAAGUGCCAAAGAGAAAAUGGAUAGCAUUGAUUCAAGCCUCUCCCCAGGCCUGCUGCGUCUGGUUAAUCAAUCGAGGGACAAGGGCGCAAGUUCUUGGCUGAAUGCGAUGCCUCUCGGAGACAAAGGUUUAGCCCUCAACAAGCAAGAGUUCAGAGACUCGCUAUGCUUGCGUUAUGACUUACCCUUAGUCAAUUUACCAAGUCAUUGCAUAUGUGGGGAUAAAUUCACCGUUAGUCACGCCCUCUCUUGUAAAAAGGUGGGUUUGUAGCGCAGAGACAUGACGGUGUACGGAACUUGUUAACGACAUUCAUCGACAAGAUCUGCAAUAAUGUCGAGAUCGAACCACGCCUUCAACCCCUGGACAACGAGCGAUUUCAUUUGAGGAGCGCUGUUACAAGUUCUGAGGCAAGGUUGGACAUCAAAGCGGGAGGUUUCUGGGCAAGAGGAGUUACGGCAUUUUUUGAUGUUAGAGUUACGCACGUCAACUCCAAGUGUUACCAGAGCAAGCCAACAUCGGAAGUGUUCAAAGAGCAAGAAGAAGAGAAGAAGCGCAAGUACCAGCAGCGGGUGUUAGAUGUAGAAAUGAGUUCGUUUACGCCUUUAGUGCUUGGAACCAAUGGCGGAAUGGGAAACGAGUGUCAGCGGUUCUUAAAGCAUCUCGCAGACAAGAUAGCUCAAAAAGACACCGAGCCUUAUCAUGUUGUAAUCACUUGGCUCAGGACACAGAUCUCGUUUGAACUCUUAAGAUCGGUACAUGCAUGCGUCAGAGGUUCGCGAACGCCGUUUCGUAGCAAGAUAGAGCAAUCAUUAGACUGUAAAAUAAAUGUCGCUAGUGCGGAUAUCUGAAAUACGUGUCUAUAUGCUUUUAUACUUAGGGCUUUUUAUGGACACUGGUUUAGCCGUCAUUCGUAUAAUUCGAUUGCAGGAUCUUAAUAUCUCUGCAUAAUGGCAUUCUUAAUUUUAUAGAAUUUUGAAUUUUUAUUAUUAAUUAUAUCUAUUUCCUCUUCUUUUAUGUAAGGUUAAGUUACUUCUAUUUUUUAGAAUUUGUAAAUGAAUAGUUUUUUCUUUCUUCACUUAUUAUAUAUAGGAUUGUAUUUGUUCUCUAAUGAAGGCCGAGGGGUUUCUUUUGUAACGGAUGGAAUUGUAGAUAGUGUUUUGAUGAAUUAAUUAGAUUUUUUGUAACAGCAGGUUGAUUGUAAAUAGGAUUUUAAUUGAGGUUUUGUAAUAAAGAUUCUUUUCUUCUUCUUCUUCUUCUUCUUCUUCCUCCUCUUAUUAUUAUUAUUAUUAUUAUUAUUAUUAUAGGACGCCAAGUGUUAUUUCUGUUGAAUAAUAACAGACUAAUAAAAGAAUAAAUAUCAAACCAGAAAUUGCUCUCUUCAAACUGUAAAUUAUAAAUGAUCCUGAGAGAAUAUUCACUGUGUUAAGGAUUUCCCUGCUGUACUGUUAGCUCUAUACAAGAGAGGAGGGGCGAUUCUUUUUUAAUUUCCGUUUCGCUGACACAGCUUUAGCAGAAAUCUCUCUUUAGUCGUUUUCGUCGACAAAACGAAUAGCAAUAUUGCUCUCCGCGUCUUCCGCCAUUUUUUUUCUGCCUCAAGCCGUGAAGGACUCGUGGCUCUGAGCGUGGGUCAUCCACGCGGAACACAUUCGCGCUAUAUGAUUGGCUGUUGUCUAAUCCCCCUUGGGAUCUGUGGUCUUAAAAAUAACUCGAGACGAAUUACCUAUGGAAUAGGGUGUGUAUGGAGGAUGCCUUCUCUGUGACCUUUAUCCUCUCUUGGUGCCGACUUAUUCCUUGCUCACAAAUGUCGUUCCUCUAUAAAGUUUAAAAUAAGACUAGAAUGCGCGAGUGUGAAUUGAUUAAACGUCCUUUUAAUUUCUAAGGCUUCCUAAUGAACUGAAUGUAAAAAGUGAACGGGAAAUAGCGAAAAAUUCGACUUCUUAUUAAAUCUUUUCUUAUGGUUUAGAACAAACUAUUCUCGAAACUGAGAACGUUUUGAUCAAAGCUGUGUAAAUCUACCCGAAACUGUGCAUGGAACUCUGCGUUUGCUGUAUCUAUCUCACCUAUUGUAUGGAAUAUGUGUGAAAAUCUUCCUUAUGAAUCGGUAUAUUUCAAAGAGCGACACAACGAGCAAGAAUGCUAUUGACCGACAAUAUACAGAGCAGGGGCAGCCGCUAUUACUAGUUAUUAUUAUUAUUAUUAUUAUUAUUAUUAUUAUUAUUAUUAUUAUUAUUAUUAUUAUUAUUAUUAUUACAAAAAUAACAACAAUAAAUAGAAUUCUUUAUUAAAAUCUUAUAAAAAUCUUAUAGAAACUACACACAAAACUUCUGUAAAAUAUUCAUAAAAAUAAAACGUCCACAUCAAUAUCAUAUGAAUACAAAUUUCCGGCAAAACCCCUUCACAAUUCAGAAUUCUAAGAUACUAAUUAAAAACGAAAUAUAUGUCCACGAUAGAAACUACUUACAAUUGUGAAUACUUUAAGAGUAGGAAAAGGAAAAUCAAGCAUCACUAAGAAAAAAACUAUCAAAAAUCUAGGCCCAAAAUUAUGAAUACAGAUGUAGACCAGCUACAGCGAAAGUGAAGUCUUCUGAGACCUCACGUGAUUUGAAUGGAUAUCUAGAACCUCUGAGGCAUCUGUGUACAGUUCUUAAUAUAGCAAAUGAGAGCUGUAUUCGAAGCCAGGAAAUAACGCUGGCGUAGGGUUCAUCGUUCUUAGUCGAAAGCUUAUUUGCGAGAGUUCUUAAAAAGUUCUGACAGUCGAGUCCCAUGCCCCCGUUUGUACCAAACACCAGUGGUGUAAAGGUUCCCAUCACUGCAUCCAUCACUCUCUGGUUUUAUUUCCUCUUCUUCUCGUUUUCUUGCUCUUUGAAGAUCGAGGCUGUGUACUUGCCCUGGUUGGACCGGGAGUUAACAUGCGGUACACGUACGUCAAAGAAUGCCGUUACUCCUGGUGUCCAAAAACCUCCUGCCUUCAUAUCCAGCCUCGCUUCUCGACUUGUAACAGUAGACUGAAGGUUGAAUACUUCAUUGUCGAGUGGCUGCAGGAGCUGGCUCUGUCUCCACAUUUCUGCACACUUUACUGAUGUGUGAUGUCAGAAGAUCUCGGAUUGUAUCAUGUCUCUGAGCUACAAAACCUCCCUUAUUAUUAUUAUUAUUAUUAUUAUGUCGCAGUAUGAAACUUUGGAAUGCUGUCCACAUUAUGAGUAGUGUAGGGCGCAUAGCGUAGCCUACACCACUUGAGAAGCUAUACUUAGAAGUAAAAAAAGGUCGAUACGAAACCUAAUACAAUCCUAAAAUACAUAGUGAUAGAAUCUCUCUACUUAAAAAGCCAAUUUAGAAUAUUAUUAAAUUCUGAUACUCUGUAAAACCUUCGCUAUCUGUACUAAAAGCUUAUACAUAGUGAUAUAAAUCUCUCUACUUAAAAAGCCAAUUUAGAUUAUUAUGAAAUUCUGAUACUCUGUAAAACCUUCGCUAUCUCUACUAAAAACAUAUUUAUAAUAAUAUCACACUCUAAUGUUCUAAAAAAUCUAAAUAAAAACGUCAGCAAGCUUGUGUUUCUAGAUUUCUAGAGAAAAAACAAAAACCUAAAAACUGAAGUCCAUAGCGCCCUAACUAAGUAUUUAUCUUAAAUGUUCUGGCAAUGUUUAAAGUGUUUGAGAUGACCGACUUCUGCAUUCGCUCAAGUACGCUCCGUGCUCUCGCUCCAAGUAGCUUCCUCACCGACUUCUCUAGGUGUUUAGAGUAACCCCCCAGUACGUCAAUUAUUACGUUGAACUGUUCAACCCUGUAACCAUUGUAUCUCUGCUUCAGCUCCCACAUCAUGGGCCCAUACUUGAGUGUCUUUUCCUCAUCUUUCUUAGCUCUACUCUCAAUCCAUGGGCAGCUCAUUUCAAUUGUGCAGACUUCUUUCCUCUCGUGGUUGACAAGUCGCGCGUCGAUCCGAUUUGCCCUAACUUCGUUGUGCUCUGCAUAGAUGGGAAUAUCCCAAAACGCCUCACUCGUGGUGUUCUGGUAGGCUGGUUUUGGCAUCACCGGUGAGUACCAUGGUGGAACCUCUUCCAUUAACCCAUGCUCUCGCAGGAGCUCAAAAAACAGAAUCUUCAAAGCUGCAUUAUGCCUGUAUAGGUACUUGGUUUGUGCCAGGGAGGAACAUCCAGCCAGUACAUGUGCAACGCUCUCAGCUACCUUCCCACAUAACCUGCAUAGAACUUCGCCGUCGGUGGAGGUUUGCGUCUUCUCCUUUGUGUAGAGCUUCGUAGGUAACAACUGCUCAUACAGUUCAUACAUGCCCGCGAUGGUAUGUGUAGGGCAUGUAGCCCAACCUUUUAACCAUGCAAAGCAGCUGGCUGUGCUUAGGCUCUCAUCUUCCCAUCUGAUACGGAAUAACUUUCCUUGCCACUUUUUGUCUUUAGCGCUCUCCAAGAACUGCUUCUCUUGAGAUUGCUUCAACAGAUUCCCAGCUCUUGCUGCAGUUACCACCUUUCCAUCUGUUGUAACACACACGGGAUUUAGGGUAUCAAGCUGAAGGGUGAUGUUGAGUUCUUCAGCGUACUUAGCUGCUUCCUUUACGAGCGACUGGUGGCGUGAUACCAUGGCGUGUUCUUCAAAUUCUCUAACUGCUUCCACAGUCGGGUCCGGGUUCUGAUACAGUUUCAGUAGCGAUUUGAUUUUAGUGAUCUUGUACUCGUGUUCGACUGAUCGCAGGCCUCUAUUAUUAUUAUUAUUAUUAUUAUUAUUAUUAUUAUUAUUAUUAUUAUUAUUAUUAUUAUUAUUAUUAUUAUCAUCAUGAUUGAAUAUUACAUAUCAGCAAUAUUAUACAGGGUUCGUACAGGUCAUUGAAAACCUGAAAAGUCAUGGAAUUUGAUUGUAGUUCAUAAAAAGUCACGGAAAAUUAAAUUAUUGUGGGGGUAGAUAAGGUACUGCAGAUGACAAACCAAGGACAAUGUAAGAUAAAGAGGAGUAAGUAAGAGUGGCUUUCCGUAAAUAUCGACCCACGGUCGGCACAAGUUCAAAAUUUGAUUUCGCUCAUAUUUGGCUCUUCGAUAACCCUUACUAAGUGAUGAAACAUGCUGUAGUUAGUUUUCCCAAAUAAAGUGUUCUUUUGUUAAAAUUCGAGAAAACGCAUUUUGCCCGUUCAGAGCUCAAAAUCCACUUCCGGUAAAGCGAAAUUUUACACAAAUUCCAUUGACUCGUACGUCAAACCACAACGAUUUGUCAGCCUUUGAAAAACAAGAAUAGUUUUUGUGACCCUUUCUUUCUUAUAAGUCGAUAAAUUUGUGACCAAAAAGGUAUUGUUAAAAAAUAGGCCUUAUUGACAAUUUCUACCGUUCAAAAUUAUAGGGAUAAAAUAAUGCAAAUUUUUACAAUGCGCUGUAACUUAAAAUUCCGCAAAUUGACUUUGUACUGCUUAACUGGGCCCCAAUCUAUCAGAAAAUCAAAACAAAUCUCUGGGCAAACGAUUUUAAGUAGCCCGCAAGACGUUGAGUUCAACCCUAAUUUUGCAAAAAAAAACGCGACAAAUCACGCCAGUGUUACCGAUAAAUUUACUUAAAUUAAAGGUAGAUUAAAAGCCAAUUCGUAAUUAAAUAUUUCAGUAAACCUAUUGUUCUCAUUGAUUGCAGCAUUUUCUUCAGAUACAACAUAUAGGGUCCCUGGGAUAGCGUCACACACUUUCAUGUUCAGUUUCAGACUGGCGAUUUCCCUCAAAAAAUGGUAUAAAAACAGAACAAAAUCUAAAAACUAAAACUGAUUACUGAAUGAAUUUUUGCAUUGAGAGAUAUCUACGAAUUAAAUUAUCGCCAAUCAAUGCGAUUUGGUUUCUAAAAACUAAAAUCCUUGAAGCAAUUUUAAAGAAUAAAAAUAUUUUAGACUAAGUAUUGGUGCAAUAGUUCUUUUCGAAGUUUUUGCCCUUGCGGGCUCUCAAAACUAAAAAAAAAAAAAAGGAGCUACGUGGAUGCAAAAGAGGAUCAUAUACUUGUAUGAAAACGUGUGUGAAUCAUGAAGCUACGGCGUGACUAUAUACAUGACCCAUUAAAACAAACACUUUGGUACUUUAUCAGAAUAACCAUUAACUCAAUUUCGGGUUGCUUUCGACGUUUCAGUGGAAAAUUCCUGAAACAAACGGAACGUCUGAGAAGGCAUUCGCCUAUUUUCCUGGUUGGAAACUUCCAGGCGGAAGUUCGGAUUUCAUGUCUUCAAACCUUUUUUGAAUAUUGGUUUCAGGCUUUCGCGGCCGUUUUUCAUUAAACGAAACUGACUUAGGAAAAUAGUAAACGCGAUUACCGAACGGAAUCAAAAUUAAUCAGUCCUGAAUUCUCCUCACCAUUUGCCCAAACCGUGAAGCGACCGGUUUACCCAUGGUAAUAGUAGGAAAAGCCUUGUGUCCAAAAGCCUGCUAUACAGCUUCCUCUCAUCGCUAUCUUCCCCUUGGGACAUUUCGUCAAAGAGCGAUGAGAGGCGGUUGUAUCGCAGACUAUGCGUCAUAUAUCUUAAGUACCUGGAGGGGCCUUGUUAAGUGCAUAGUAGAUCGUAGCAAGGGCAGAUCGUUGCAAUAUCUCUAAUUACUUAUUAAGAGACAGUUCUUUGGAAUAGCCUUGCUAAAUAUUGACCAGUAGCAAGCGAAGUCUCUUCGAGUUUUGAGGGCCGGCUGCAAACAAUUCUUCUGGAGAUCUACACGGUACUUAUGUAAAGCAAACUAAGGCUUUCAGUCUUAUUCGGUUUGUGACAAAGACAAAGGUAAGGUUUUGGAGGCCUGCUUGGGCGUCUAAGUUUCAUGGACUAAGGUUACGGAGGAUGAGGUAAGUCCUCAAGUCUGUCUUUCCUUUUUAGGUGUUCCCAUUCGUUCGUUACAAGGUUCUUCUUAGGUUUAGUAUUAUACUCUAUUUUGUUUCCCUAUUUUUGUUGUUAUUUAUGUUUUGUUUUUUUUUUUGCGGAAAAAACGAUGGACGAUGUUCUCUUUCCAAACGCUGUUGAAAGGAACUUUCUGUCUUUUAAUCCGUCAUCUGUAGUUCAGUAUUACAGCUAGAGUUUCCAUGACACUAAAACGUCAAUCAGUGCAAAGUCUUUCAGACCACAAAGUAGCCCGUACUUUUUGCGUAAGCCAAGAACGCGGAAUAGUCGAAAGAAUGGUCUGGAGCAAAACAAAAUGGUCGUUCGCUCUUGUCUGGAGCAGAGGGGGCGCGGCGAGGGAGGGGGGAGGUGAGUGAGACUGGGAGAGAAUCGAAAAAUAAGUCUAAAAAAUACGAUAGAAAAUGACAAAGAAAAAAUGAAAGAAAGGAAACAAGAAAGAAAAAAAAUCGCAGUCUAAAAGCAGUUGAAAAGUUAGUACUACCAAAUCUGUUCCUGCUGAUCAAUAACAAAGCGCCAACAGUGCUCGACGCUCAAGUUGAAUACCGUAUUUAUUCGAAUAAGCGCCCAACUUCGAAUUAGCGCCCGCCUCGAAUAAGCGCCCAUCCUAAAGGCAGAAAAUUUAUUAAGUGCCCACCCCCACCACAUUUCCCCCCACUCAAAUAAGAGAUAAUAAGAGACCCUCCCAAAGACGGAGUUUUCUUCAGAGCAUUUUACAGAAACCUUGCUUUGUUACAUCUCCGCUUUUUGUUAUUACCAUUUAUUUUUUUGUUGCAAAAUAAACAUACUAGACUUGCUGAGAAGGGCGAAAAUUUAAUAAGCGCCCAGCCUCGAAUAAGCGCCCACUCUCAAGGUUCAAAAAUUUAAUGAGCGCCCAGGGCGGUUUAAUAAUCGAAUAAAUACGGUAUAUGACAUAAAAAUUUGUAAAUGAAGGACGUAGUUAACCUGUAACAGGCCUUCAGGUAGUUAGGAAAACGCAAAGAAAAGUGGGCUAGAAAAAAUGGCGAAGGGGCGGGGUUAGGGAGAGAGGGCGAAAGGUCCUCCUACUCUCUCCCUCUUACUUUCUUCCACGUUUGUUUUCCUCCGUUCCCCAUUUCGCGCCACUGUUUACUAUCCACUAUCCACUAUUCACUGUCCACUACGCCUGGAAUAGGCUAGUUCAUAGUGGGCCAGAGAAUUUUUUUCCAAUGGCGAUGCAAGGGAUCUAUAGAUGUCCAUUUAGGAGCAUCUGACAUCUUUAAAAGCUCAUACUCACGCUGCAACUAUUCCCGCUUUAGCAUUAGUAAAACGCCACUUUUUUUUCUAUUUUCCGUUUUGCUGUAGAGGAAAGUUUUUGGUGAUUUGUUUUUGAUGAUGGCGUUUCAUCGUCGAUCGAAACGAGUUAAAAUGUUUUCUGAAACGUUCGUUACAAUGUACCUUUAUAAGCGUGAUAGUAAUACAUCGAAACGUACAUUUAUACUUACACAUAAUUACUUGAAAGAGAAAACUCGCAAGAAAAAAAAAGUGUUCUAAUUAGUUAAUAUUGGUUAUCCCCGUCUUAAAUUUAACGUAUUUAUGCCUUUUGACGGAUGCUUAAAUUAAUAAAACACACCACUGUACUUGUUGCCCCCGCAGGGCCGGAACCCGAGGAGGCACCCUAAUGUCCCCCGUGUAAAGAAGAAGUAUCGUAUCGUCUUACUGUUAGUAUGCGAACCUUUCCCGAUUUGAUGAAACUAGGCGCGCACGGUGGUCCCGGUUAAUUUUCAGCAUGUGCGCCUGGUUCAGCAACCGCGCAAACUGGGUUUGUCGACGAGUCGCAUUCGCCGAAUUGUGUCGCACACAAGCGCAACAAGUGGCUCCAAAUCCCCGCCCAGGAAGAUUUUCCACCGAAACUCCUCUAGAGCGAGAACGCCGACUUCAAAUUCAGCGAGAACAACGAAGGAGAAGACGUCAACAAGAAACCGCGGAGUAGAAGGAACAUCGAUGAGCACAGCGAAGGCAACGCCGACAACAACAGACAGAGGAACAGGAGAUUGGAAUCAAAGGAAUUAUGAUCGUUUUACACUGUCGAAAACCCAGAUUUCUUAGUUUGCCGGUUUCCCCGCAGAUAUAUAGAUCAAAGUCUGCAAAGUUUCAGUCCGUAUUACGGCCCCAAUAAUAAUAAUUUUCAGGCGAACUGCACCGGGCCAUAUUUGUUCUUUGAUUUUUUUUCAUUUUCUAAAUGCGGGCGGCGAAAUAAUGCUAAAUCUGCUUUUCAAUACACUGUUAACAAUAACACUACAUAAUACGCAAAAAAGAAGAAGAAGAAAAGAAAGAACAGCGUAUGGACCUUUAACACGAUAUUCGCGGUUGGUCACCCGUCCAGUUCGUAACCCCAACCGAGUUUCGCGUUAUUGCGAGAUACAUAUUUCUAUAGAGUUAAAAAGUUAUUCAGCAGUACUGCAAUUGUUUGGUAUUGCCUAAUUUCAUACCGCGCGGGAGCCUGGCACUACCGGAUUUUCCCGGACUUUUUAAAUUCCGGAAUCAAAAUGGCUUCCAAAACAGAGGGUAAAGCAAACGUCAUUGCGUGCAGUUGAAACGAUAUUAACGGCCAGAUUACUCAGGAAAGUUAAUAUUCUACAGCAAAGAGCAGUUGUUUUACUGCUACGAAGGACUUCGAUUAAAAACCUUGAGAAAAGAAAUAUCAAAUCGGAGACUUUCGCUACUUGGAAGUAUUAGAAGUAUUCCCGGAUUGUUCGACAAAAAAAUUUGAAGAAAGAACAGUCGCGUUUAGCGUUUUUUACGGCGCUAGAUCCGACCGAAUCUUGGGGAAUGAUAAGGGAGUGGGUGUAUCUGUUUUUACAAACCGUAAAAUAAAGACUACCAAAAAGCGAAACACGCCAGAGUGGCCCUGAGUGAAAGAGCAACAUCGUAUUAGAUCGGCAAGGCUUACAUUAGGUUUUUUCUCCGCAGCUGCGUACGGUCUCAGUAAAAAAUCCUAAAGAUCGGACCAGAGACAAUUCUCACUAACAAUAGAUAAAAGCAAGUAUAGUUCAGUGUUAAAAGAGAGGCAUUUCUCGUCUAGUAGCACUGCAGUUCCUGUGACCAGACCUCAUGCAUUGAGCAAUGGUAUCAUACACAAGUAAUUUUUGUUGGGGGGAUAAAUUGUAUAUAGUAUAUAGUUUCUUUCUGAGGCCCCUGCGUGAACACGCGUUCUAUUACAUUUGCAGUGUUGGUUGAACUCAUUAUGAGAUGUAUAAAAAACAAUUGUCCAGCCUAGGCAUGUCAUGUAUGGGGAUUUUCAUUAACGCAGGAAACAAAGUGUAAUAAUUGAGAAAACACAAAAGAGAACAAAAGAAUUACACUCAGAAACUCUAAUACGAAAACUGCAUUUCAAAGGUUCAUGGAAAAUACAUGGACAACCACAAGGAGUCUUCAUUCGGGUUUUAAAAGGUCGGGGGCAGAUUUAGUGACAACUAUAACUAGUUUAAAGUUUGUUUUCGUUGGGCUCCGGUCGUCGACGUCUUGCCGACGUCGCUCAAAAAAGCCGACUUUUGGGUAGUUCUACACUAUGUAUUGUAUCCAAACAAAAUGACUCUUCUAAAUAAGAUAAGCGUAUUAAAAGAUGUAAUAUAGAUUGUACGCUGGAAUUUGGCAUGUGAUUAGCGUUGAAUAGAAUGUUGAAAGUGAAUCUGUCGUUAACAACGCUGGCGUGACGGGCCGUGUCACGCUAUUUUUAACCACUGGAAUGUCGCGAUUUUUCGCAAAAUUAGGGUUGAACUCAGCGUCUUGCGGGCUACUUAAAAUUCUUUGCCUAGAGAUUUGUUUCGAUUUUCUGAUAGACUGGGGCCUAGUUAACCCGUAGAAAGUCAAUUUGCGAAAUUCUAAGUUAUAGCGCAUUGUAAAAAUUUACAUUAUUUUAACCCUAUAAUUUUGAACCGGUGAAAUUGUCAAUAGGGCCUAUUUUUAACAAUACCUUUUUGGCCACAAACUUUUUACAGCUUUCACAAAUUUAUCGUCUUAUAGGAAAGAAAGGGUCAUAAAAACUAUUCGUGUUCUUCAAAGGCUGACAAAUCGCUGUAGUUUGACGUACGAGUCAAUGAAAUUUGUGUAAAAUUUCGUUUUACCUGCAGUGGAUUUUGAGCUCUGAACGGGCAAAAUGAGUUUUCCCGAAUUUUAACAAAAGAACACUUUAUUUGGGAAAACAAACUACAGCAUGUUUCAUUACUCAUUAAGGGUUAUCGAUGAGCCAAAAAUGAGCGAAAUUCGAAUUUUGAACUUGUGCCACAAAACUCGAUUUUGGUCGAUAUUUACAGACAGUCGCUCUUAAACAGCGCAAAUGGCACGCCUUUUUGGGAACUUAGAGUUGGUGUCUGUUGAACUGUUUAAGGUCAAAAAUACCUUAAAACAGGGAAGGUUUUGAAAAUUUUUGAAAUUGUAGUUGUAGUGUGUGGAUCAUAAAACUGUUGUCUCACUCUUGAUUAACUAGUAAAAUCUCUAAAUUGAUCGGCAUUAUUCAAUUUGUAUCUUCACGCAAAAUCCAAACAAGCGACACUAACAUGACUUAAAAAAGGGUUCGUCUUGAAAAUUAACUACACUUUGCGAAUCGCUAGGAAACAAGAUGCACAUCAAACAACGGGAGAAGGUUGGUUAAUAUGUGAAGCAAACUUUAGUAAAGGGCUAGCACUCUAAAAUUCAGCUAUUCUAGUAUUUACGAUGAUAAAUGUGACUCUUGUAGGACGUUGCACAAGGGACGUUACAAUCUGUGGCAGUAGCCACCCCCCGUCACUGUGGUUUUAGUAGGGACCUUACGAAACUAGGAUGGCGACGGCAAGGAGAACGUCAUAAAAGCAAUAGGUUUAAUGAGCAAAACAACAACUCUGCACGUGCAACACGUUUCUGUACAUUACUUUACUGUCCCUGCACAAUUAUUACGUGAAAUGACUAAAUUUUAAGUUUACUUGAGAACAAGAACGGCAAGGCGAUAAAUUGUAGGAUCUCUGUCUGAAUUCGGGCGCGGCCCCCUCUCUUCAGCUCCAGCCAAAAUUCCCUUCUCUUAAGUAACAGGGCGAAUUGGGAUAAUCGCGAAAAAGUCUAAAAGGAUGCCAAGUCUAUUUUUCUAAGACGUUUCCAUGUACGUCACCGUUAUUGGAUCGUAAGGUCCCUAGUGUUUUAAACCAAAAACCUUAUAAAUGUACCCUUUAGUUAUCGCUAGUUUGAACUUCCGAUGUGACAAAACAAUGGUGUUAAUUAAGUAAAUUUCGAGAAUGAACCAAGAGCUCUCUCUCAGAAUUAGGGCUACAGCGUUUCAUUUGGUUAGCAUAGCCAGAUUUUUACAGAUCUAGAUAUGUGCUGCAAAAUCUUCCGCCAUGAAGGCUGGCAGAAUAAAGUGUCAUUCGUCUGUCUCGGAGUACCUUAUUUUCUCGAAUAAGCACCCACCUCCGAGGCCAUAACAUCAAAUAAGCGCCCCCGUCCUCUCCCCUCACUUUCACGAAUAUAUUAGAGAUACAAGAGGAAUGCAUAUAAUUGACGAGGGUGAUGAGAUAAUCGACAUUUUAUAAACGCACGAAAGACCAUUGAUAUUAACUUUACGUUUCUAAAAAGGAAUUAGCCGAUUCAAACCCACACUUCUUUGAAAGGAAAACUUGAUAAGUGCCCCCCUUGAUUAAGCGCCUUCCUUCCGAUAAGUGCACCCCCCUCCUUUUAGCCGUAAUCUUAAAUAAGCGAGAGCCCGGGCACUUAUUCAACGAAAUAGCCGGUACACCACCAUUACACUUUCAACAAGAUCAGUUUCUCCAAUUGGACCUUUCGAAAGGCCCUUGUUAUUUUAAGGAGAACAUUUCGUGGGUCUUAAAAUCGUGGUCUGUGCCAUGUUCCGCUGCACUGAAGACUUUGAAAUCGCGAAUUUCGCUACAAGUACUGAACCCCGUGUCCCGUGAAGUACAGUAAAAGUAAGGAAGAUCAAGGUACAUGAAAACCUUUCUUUUUUUACUUUCACGAAUGCAGGCUCUGGCAACCAGACUGGACAGCCCCAGAGUGGUCUGUGAUGAGAAGGCCACAGAUGGGGACGAACGCACCGAUUGGUCGUCCAUCAUGUAUUUAAACCAACAAAACGUCGAGUGCCCGCAGGGUUUGUUCUUGGCCAGUUUCCAACUCAAGACGAAGGCCUACGGAAUCUUGGUUAAACAAAGACACAGAGUUAGCUACCAUUACCACUGCUGCAAGUUCAUUCUGUAAGUCCCUGCAAGGGCGCGGCUCAAGUUUGUUCAGUCAACAUUUGUUAUCAAACAAAGUAAUAGUAUGUGAAAUAAUCUUAAACACGAUUUUACCCGAUAGCCCGUUCAUCCACGUGGCCCGGUGAUAUUUUUUUUAAAAAUACGUUCCAAACCCGUAGCCCAUGUGCAGAUGUCAGGUAGUGCAUGGUAAAAGGUACUCAUACAUUUUACCAGUUAGAGCCCAAUAGAAGAGGGCAACAUGCUUCCAAACGCUUUCCCUAAUCAGGCGUCCAGUUGUUUUUUAACACCAGAGUAAAUGUUUCGCGUAAAACACAAAGAAAAUAAAUUUCAGUGAAAAAAUUAUAAAAAGUGCCCUCCCCAGCAUUACAGAAAACAAAACAGAUACAGUCAAACUCCAGUAAGAGACCACCCCGAAAGCGAAGGUUUAGUGCAUGGUUGCUUAAAGGAAUCGGUAUGGGAUCUCAUCCAAGAGGAGGUCUGGGCAUAUGUUUCUUUGGAAAGAAAACUUAUCGCAAGCUCUAUGUGCAUCUACUAUACGUGUUUUCACAAAGAUUUCUUCAUACACCCCGAGUAACGUUUUACAUACAGCGAACAUCAGACCAUGUGUUGAGUGGUCGCUUGCAAACGCUUAAAUUGAUGGAAAAUUAUGAAACCGUCACCCCAGAAAAUGAUUAAGCUUUGGCGCUUUAACUGUGAAAACUUUGAUGUGUAGGAUGGGUAGUCUCUUUUGGGAGGUGGUCGCUUAUAAAAGGCGGUCGCACAAGGAGGUUUGACUAUAUCUGAGGUUGCUGUAUUACACUAGACAAGUUCGGUUAGUUAAUUAAUCUUCUCUUAGUCCUCGUCAGCUUUGUUGGAAAUGGAUGAUAGGGCCCUAAUCGCUGGCUGAGAAUUUCUUGAAGAGUGGUUCUGAUAACUUUUCAAACAAAAAAAAAAACAAAAAAAAACAAGCUACUCCGCAUAAGAAUUCUGCUCUUUCCGCCUGAUGACAAAUAUGUUAAGGCGAAAAACACUGAAAACAGUAUUUUCCCAACAUUUCUCUGGCAUAACCAACAACGAUAUAGGUCCUUAAGAUCUGACAACGGCGACGCCAAUGAAAUCGUCGCUGAAAAACAAACUUCGCGCCCUUUUAAUCUUUUACUUCCUUCUACCAAGUCACUCAGUAACUUGAAAGUAGGAAAGUUAGGUUGGAACUAAAGAGAGGAGAUCGUGUCCGAGUUCAGAGAGAGAGAGAGAGAGUAAAAUCUAUCGCCAUUGCCGUUUCCGUCCGUUAUCAAAUCAGCUCGGAGUUUCGUAGUUUUGCAGGGACGGCAACAAAAUGUACAAACAAUAAACAGGACGCACUUGCAGAAUUGUUGUAUUGCUCAUAAUACCUAUUGCGUUGUAGACGUUCCCGUUGUCGUCGCUGUCGUAGAUUCAUAAGCAACGACGACAGCAACGGCAACGGCAGCAAAAACGUCACACGAAAAGAGAAUUUGCGCUGCUUCAAAUUAAACUGCAUCGCUCUAAUUGCAGCUUUUUCAAUUUGUCAAAUGUCGGCGAUUUUUUCAGGAGUUAAAUUCUAAAGGACUGUAUCUAAGUUCACUAGCAGAAAAAGAGAAUCGUUGUCUUGUGUUCCCGUCCUCCAUAAAACGUGAAAUUAGGCAGUUUCACGUCGUAGUCGU